CUUGGUUAUCCUUGUAUAAGCGAGCCGCGGGGAAACGGCAACCCCAGUCCCAGACCGAGGUCGGUCUACCGCCGAGCCAUAAUAACUGCUCCUCCCUUCACUCCGUUACGGACCUUCCUUUUUGCCCAUCAGGGGUUUCUGCAUUAUCCAAAUUACUCUCUGAAUGAUGCUGCGAUCAGUGCCCCGUCGACUUCCACGUCGGAUUCCUCCCAUCUCAGCGACCGCAGGCGGUCCUUCUCGUCUUGCUCUGCGCCCUUUCACAUGCGGUUACCUUCGGAUGUCGUCGUCAUCGCUGCCGCCCGUCCAGCCUCCGGUUUCCUCAACACUCCCCGGCGAUUCGUACCAACUUCUGUCGACCGCCGAUAAGGCUGGAGCUGCGGAGGAUGCACUCUACGAGCAACAGAUCAAAGAUGUCGAGGCGUGGUGGAAUUCUCCCCGCUUCGAGGGCAUCAAGCGGCCGUACUCGGCUGCCGAUGUGGUCAGCAAACGGGGCUCUUUGCAACAAUCGUAUCCCAGCUCGUUGAUGGCUCGGAAGCUCUUCAAUUUGUUGAAUGAGAGAGCUGCGGAAAACAAGCCUGUUCACACGAUGGGCGCAAUUGACCCAAUUCAGAUGACACAGCAGGCUCCUAACCAGGAAGUCUUGUAUAUUUCUGGAUGGGCUUGCUCUUCGGCGUUGACCACUACCAACGAGGUUUCUCCGGAUUUUGGAGACUACCCAUACAACACCGUACCAAACCAGGUUGAGAGACUGUUUAAGGCUCAGCAAUUGCACGAUCGGAAGCAUUGGGACGCACGACGAAAGCUCACACCGGAACAACGAAAGUCUACUCCUUACGUUGACUACAUGAGACCGAUUAUUGCAGAUGGCGACACAGGACAUGGUGGCCUGACUGCGGUGCUGAAACUGGCCAAGCUCUUUGCCGAAAAUGGUGCUGCGGCUGUUCACUUCGAGGAUCAGCUUCACGGCGGAAAGAAAUGCGGCCAUCUGGCGGGUAAAGUCCUAGUUCCGAUGGGUGAGCAUAUCAAUCGACUCGUGGCGGCGCGCUUCCAGUGGGAUAUGAUGGGUGUUGAGAACCUCGUUAUCGCUCGGACCGACUCGGAGAGUGGUAAACUUCUCAGCAGCGCUAUCGAUGUCAGGGACCACGAAUUCAUCCUCGGUGUCACCCAAGAGUCGGAGCCUCUUGCGGAGACUUUGCAGGCUAUGGAGAGGGAAGGCGCCGCUCCUUCGGAGAUUGACGCCUAUGAAUUGGACUGGGUCAAGAAGCAUAAACUUGUGACCUUUGAUGAGGCUGUCGAUGCUCAUCUCGAGGCCGAGGGCGCGCCUCAAACCGCACGCGAUGCAUACAAGAAGCACGUCAAAGAAAACCCAGACCUCUCCAUUUCUCGCCGUCGUGCCUUGGCCAAUGACUACACUAAGACUCCUGUCGUCUGGUCAUGCGACAUCCCCCGCACCAGAGAAGGGUUCUACCACUACCGCGCAGGUUUCCCAGCUGCGACCAAGCGCGCGAAGGAAUUCGGCCCUUACGCGGACCUUCUCUGGGUUGAGACAGGCGAUCCAGAUGUCGCAAAGGCUGGUACACUCGCAGGAGAAGUACGGGCCGCGCACCCUGGCAAGAAACUCGUGUACAACCUGAGCCCGUCAUUUAACUGGAUGGGACAAGGUUUCGAUGAGGCCUCACUCAAGUCAUUCAUCUGGGAUCUCGCACAGCAUGGUUUCGUCCUUCAAUUGAUUUCCCUCGCCGGUAUCCACAGCGGUGCCACCAUCACGGCUGAGCUCUCCCGCGCCUUCAAGGACGACGGAAUGCUCGCCUACGUCCGCCUCAUCCAGUCGCGCGAGAAGGAACUCGGCGUUGAUGUCCUCACUCACCAGAAAUGGAGCGGUGCGCCGUACAUGGAUGGUAUUGUAGGCGCCAUCCAGAGUGGAAGCAGCACCGGGAAGAGUAUGGGUGAAGGAAACACGGAGAAGGGCUUUUAAACUUUGGACAGAAUGAAGAUGGGACUGUGAUUAAAAUAAAUGAGACUUGAUUGUAAAUCAACCCUUCAUGAGAAGCACCGCGAUGUUAUUUGAUAGAAUACCAUAGCUCUUACUUUUUAUAAUUCAUGCAAUGACCGAAUAUCCUUGUUUUUCUUACCUGAUCUAAAUUGCCGUACAUUCCAAUAUUAAUUAAUAUACGCCCAGCACUAGCAAGAUCUAUUGCCAUCCCUACCCUAAUUUACGGUCUAACUAAACAGUCCUCACACACCUCGCCAAAAACCCCUUGACGCUCUCAACAUCAUCCAGGGCC